ACUGUCCCACUAAAAGCAAUGAGCUGUGCUCUCGCUUUGGAUUUACAGUUAUGAAUGUUCACAUUUUGUGACUAGGUACCGUUUUUUUCCAGUUUGUCUCUCUCUCUUUCUGUCCGUAUUCUUCUUUGGUCUUGCAUUUUUACUGUAGAUCACUGGCAUUAACGCGCCAUUAGUUUAAUGAUUGUUGAAUGUUCGACUUGUUUGGUUGUCUGUGAAUUUAUUGUAAUUGUUAAACAAAAUUAGAAUCAAGAUGAGUAGCGCUACCGAAGAAAGUGACACCGAAGUUCCCGAACAAAAUAAGACCCAGUCCGAGGAGGGGUCAUUUUCGGGGUCUACAACUGAUGCAGAAAACCCAGUGCAAACCGACAAUGAAGAGGGCGCCGUAGGAGGGACAAAAGCUCCGGCAGAGAGCUAUCACUCGGAGAAGGAGGAGGAUUCUAUACACGAAACCGAUGAUGAUGAAGAGGCUCGAUCUUCGCCAAUACAUCCCACUCCACCAUCAGAUGGCGAAAAGAAGGUCCCAGCAUCAAAGCCAAUACGGGGCAGGCGCCGGCGCACUGUCAUCGAGAUGGCAAUGGAUGCAAUCGAAGAACUGAAAAAUAAACGCGGAUCUUCGGUUAUUGCCAUUGUGAAGUACCUCAAGAGCAAUGGCCAUGAGGUGGCAAACGAGCGGCGCUUCAAUUCGCUGGUGCACAGGAGGCUAAAGCAGGGCGUGACCGACGGUCAGGUGACGCAGCUUAAACGCUCAUUCAAGCUUUCGCAAGCCACAAUUAAUGAACGAAAAGCUGAGGAAAAAAUGAAUGCUCAAGUGUCCAAGGAACAGGAGCAAAAAGCAAAGGGCAAGAAAGAAGCCAAGAGUAAUAAAAAAGCCAAGGAUGAAGAGGAAGAGGAAGAAGAAGAUGAAGAGGAAGUCCCUGAAGUCUCUUCCGAGGAAGAGAACCCAAAUCCGAGGAAAGCUGCGAAGCGGCGCGCAAAAUCACCUGCAACAGGAAGGGGAAAGCCUGCGAAGGCUUCAGAGCGCAAAACAAAUCAACCUAGAAAGAAGAUGAAGAAGAACGAUGGAUCUGCCUCCGCCGUUGCAGUGACUAGCACAUCGAACAAAGCAGCCGCUGCCGCUGCAGUUCUAGCCGCUAUGGAAAAGGCCGAAAAACCCCCUGCUUUUCUAGGCGCUUUAGAGAUGGCCGGACCAUCCAGAAAGCGCAUUAAGAGAAUGAUUACUGAGGUGGUGUCUGAUAAUGAUGAAGACGAUGACGAUGAUGACGAUGAUGAAAAAGCUGAAGAUGAUGAUGAUGAAGAAGAUGAAGAUGAUGAAGAUAAUAAAGAUGAAGACCCUCUCGAAAUGCCUCAGAGUAAGAAGGGGAAGGGCGCUGCACUAAUAAAAAUCAAACUGCCAGAUAGCUUUUCGACUAGUAAGCUGGUGGCCCAGGCCACAUCAACGCCCCAGGCUGCAGACAAGAAGACCACCCGCAAGCGCAAAUAAUCUUGGCCAUCAGCCGUUCAUCUUUGAUGUUCAUAGAAGCUCCAAUAUGAAAGAUUGUGAGAGAUGCUCCCCCGCUCAGCUCAUUUGUACCCUAAAAGUGUAAUAAAUUAAAGUUUAAUACAACGGAUUUAGGAAAAAAUACAAAAAAAUGUAAAUAAAAGUCCGAUUUCAAACAUAAAU